AAGCUAUCAAAGUCACAACUUCAGAAGAAACGUCAAAGCGAGUUACUUACGGAAAGUGUACGGUUCGGUGAUUAAUAUCAACUUUUUCUGUAAAUAUCUACAAAAACAUUAGUGAAAGUUGUGAUAGUUUGUUUAGUGUUUAACACGCAUAUGUGUAUUAACAAUGUGACUUUAUUCCUCGUUAAGUGAUCUUAUUCACAUCACAUCAAAUAGCUAGACGGAUGGACCGCAGUGGGCAAAGUAUAUUGGCAUGAUGAUGCUAGUGCGCUUAAACAUGCGCAUGGCGCUAGCGGCGCUGUGUGGCGGAGUGCUGCUUGUCACACUUUACUGGAGUCGGUGUGGUGAUCUGGCUCAUAGACCAAUAGGCUCAGUCCUGUCAUAUGCGUCGCCAGAUCGCGCGACCAACGAAAUUGAAUGCUCCAUAAACGGCGAGUACUCAGUCGCCUGUCGCCGCGACCUCGACCAGAUUUACGUGCCCUUUUCCUUUUUACACAAAUACUUUGAGAUUUAUGGUAAACUGACGUUUGUCGACGGAACGGAGAAGUUCGAGUGGUCCCACAGUUACAGUAAAGUGUACCAUCCCAAAAAGAAAUACGACCCUCGCGGUACAUUCACGACCUUCGAAAACUACAAUGUUGAGGUCCGGGAUCGGGUGAAGUGUAUAAGCGGCAUCGAAGGAGUUCCAGUAUCGACGCAAUGGGAGCCCCGUGGCUACUUCUAUCCGACCCAGAUAGCACAAUUCGGUUUGGCGCAUUACAGCAAAAAUAUCACGGAACCCCCGCCGCGGGUCAAGAUUAUCGAUGACGGGGAUAAAUUUCUGGAAAAGUGGAUCGUAAGCCAAGACGCUGUUCUGACAAGGGAAUUUGACUCCGAGCUCAAAUCGAAUGUGCUAAGGUUUUCGACAUCCGAUCAAGCCUCGAGCCAAGUUUGGUUGAAAGUUAAUAUCAGCCAAGAUUUUGUGCUAAGCAUGGACUUGCAGUUAAGACCGAACUCCUCGAUGACUGUCAUACUACAAAAUAAAGACAAAAAGGAGACUGUUUAUUUACAUUACGUAACGAGUACACAAUUAAUAUAUGCGCAGGAAGACCACACGUACUACGGGAUAGGUGUGGAUAAAAAAUGGCGUCGGAUUACUCGGGAUCUUAUUAUAGAUAUGCAAAAGGGUUGGGCGCUACAGGAUCGACCGAAAAGAAAGUCACCCAGAAAUAAGUUUAAGAUAUCCGGCAUCAUCCUGAGCGGGUCGGGCGGCGUGAGCGACAUCCGCGUGUCGUCGAGCUCGCACACGGCGCACUUCCACGCGGCGGCGCGCUGGCUGAGGGCGGCGCAGCGCGCGCGCGGCGGCUGGCCCGUGCCCGCGCGCCGCCGCGUGGCGCCCGGCGUGCCCGACCUGCGGCCCGGCUGGCACUCGGCCAUGAGCCAGGGGCACGGCAUCUCGGUGCUGUGCCGCGCGUACUACCGCAGCGGCGACGCGGGCUACCUGCGGGCGGCGCAGCGCGCGCUGCUCCUGCUCGACGUGCCCAGCGGCGCCGGCGGCGUCAAGGCGCUGUGGAUGGACAAGUACGUGUGGUACGAGGAGUAUCCCACACAACCGCCUCUAUUUGUCCUAAACGGUUUCAUCUACACGCUGCUCGGCCUUUACGAUCUCCACGUUAUGGAAGGUGAGAAUUCCGUGUCUCUAGCCAAGAAGAUGUUCGACGACGGAAUGCUGUCCCUGAAAACUUUGCUGCCACUCUUCGACACGGGCAGCGGAAGUUUCUACGAUCUCAGACAUUUUACCUUGGGAGUUAGUCCGAACAUCGCGAGGUGGGACUAUCACGCGACUCAUGUCAACCAACUCUACCUCCUGGCGGGACUGGAUCCUGAUCCGAUAUUGAUAAAUACGGCUAAGAGAUGGGAGGGUUACAUGCAGGGUAAACGGGCGGCACACAAUUGACAAGGCUCAACCUUGAUAAGCUUUGAGUAAACCGGCAAGAAUUUCCAGUCGAAAUUAUCUGGAUUGUAAUGUCAAUCACUUGUUUGGCUAUCAAGGAGAGAGGCUGCUUUCUGAGACGAGUACUACUUGGAGUUCUCUUCGCAUUUACAGAUUUAAGAGUUGGGCAGGAGAGGAUAAAUAUCUUCGAGGAGUAACUUUAUGAUGCAUAAUAUGUUUGUCUCUUUGAAGUCUUUUAUAUUAUUGAAAUUUUCAAGAGUUUUUUUCGUAAACAAUUGAUUAACUAAUAUUAAUAUAUUAAGUCGUAUCACAACAAUGUUCUAUCUCAAUAUUUUAUAUGAUGAACAAAAGACAAUCUACCGAAAAAAAAUAUUACGCCAGAGGAAGUGUGAAUGAGCGAGUAUUGCCAAAAAGACCGUAGGUUAUUAAAAUAAUUUCCUUAAAACCCAACGAUAUAACAAUGAUCACACUCAUUUCUUAAUUUUUAACGAAAUCUUUUGUACCGAAGUAUAUAAUAUAUCGAAUAGACUAAACUCAUGGCUGUCUUUCUACUAAUGUGGUAGAAAAUGAAUAUCAAAAUUUGUAUAUACAUAUUUUUAUUGAAAUAAACGGAGAAUUGGACCUAUAAUAAAUAAAAAACAAAAUUCGCAUACCAUUGAAGACUGAAAUUUUAUAAAGUACUAUGUUAUCCGUUUUUAAAACGUUUAACAUAAUCAAACACGUCAAAUGUCCCGUUUUUGAAUCAGUUAAAAAAUGUUUCAUAGUUCUAGCUUGUACGAAGUCUAUAAAGAUUUUCUUAUAAUUUACGUACUUAAUUAUAACAUUUAUAAAACGUUAAUAAGCGCACUUAAUAGUUAAAGCCAUAUCACUGUAAAUAUUUAUUUAUUUAUUUUGUAAAAUAGGGGUAAGUUAUAUAUAAAUCUCAGAACACUUGUAUAAAAUAGAAUUAAUAAUUAUAUCGAAAUUAAUUUAUCAAUAAGAACAAAUGUCGUCUAAUCACCAAAUUGAAAAAUCUAAUCAAGCAGUUGUGAUUGUAAAUAUAUUAAUUUUUCGCAUCACGAUGUAUGUAAUUAUCAUCUUUGGAGAAAUUAAAGGCGUCAUCAAAACUGCUGUAAGUUGUAAUAAAAUAAUAAUAAUAAUAAUUUAAAUGUCUUGGAAUUGAAUUUCAUACACGUAAAUUUAUAUUUAUAUAUUUUUAUUUUAAUUGCAUUUCAUUUACGAAUAGCAAACUCUUGCCACACUGUUUAUAGUAUAUUUAUGCAGCAGAUAAUAUAUUAUUUUAAGGAGAAAGUAGUUUUCUUAAAUAAUUUGUUAAAUUGUUAAAUAUUACUAUCAGAGAAAAGUUAAAAGAAUUUGUAUAUGGUAUUUUUCGUAACAGACAACACCGGUCCCUGUCGCCAUCUUGUCGCUUAAGUUUCCCUGAAUACAUUAUUAAAUCUAAUAAUUGUAAUAGUAUUAUAAAUUAAAUAUUGUAAAAUGUAUUUUAUUUAUCUUGUAACAUAUUCGGUUGUGAGCCGAAGCACAAAUUUGAAUAUGGUUAAAUUCAAAUAGAUGUAUAAAAAAAUCUUUAUUAUAUAAACUAAGUAAAUAUGUGAAUCAAUACAAUACUGUACAAUCGAAAAGCAGAAUCAAUAAUCAAACAAAAAUGUCGAAGUUUAGCGACCAGUGUUAGUGACCCACAAUUAGUCCGUUUAUUAAUUUAAGUAAUUUUGAAGAAAAAUACACAACUAAAUAUGGUAUCGAAUUUGGGUAUUCCUUUAUUUUACUGUGUGAUAUUUCAUAUUACAUUAAAUUUGAAUGCUAUUUGGACAUUGAUUUUUUUUUAUUUGUACGAUUAUUUCACGUACGACUAACACUGUAGCUAAAUUUUGACAUCUAAAGUAAUAACUGACACUAACCACAGAUUAACACUAAUUAAUAUAUUAUGAAUAUAGAUAAUAAACUUCCAUAUUUUAUUUAUCUUGCCAAAAUAUUCUUUUUCUAUACUUAUUGUGAUUUUUUUUAAAUAAUCGAAGUAGCAAAAUGUUUGUUAGUUAUGCACUAAUGUUAAUUUAUAAACUAUUUAUUUAUACUAAGAUAUUUUACGUAAAUCCAACGUAGGUUAAAGCGUAUGUCGUUUGCAAUAAGUCUGUAUGUAAAAAUUUAUAUCCUACGAUAAAAAAAAAAAACUAAUUGAAAUAUUGUAUUAUUGAAAUGUGACAUUAAACAUGAAGGGCGUUAUAAGCAUGGCUUAAAGCUGCAAUUAAGAUUUCCUAGAAGGUCAAAGACUUCUAUAAAUUGUGGAAAAAUUAGAUAAAAAGGUAUUGAAGUCAUUUGAGACACAUCGUUCUGCUUCCAAACAUCGAAUUUAAAAUAAAAUCCAAGAUCGAAUCGAAUUAUGUUUCGCCAUAAUCAAUGUCCUUUUUUUUAAUUAUAUCAGAAUUGUAAAAUUGGACUCGCCGCACACGGUUGACGCCGGUGGCCACUACACGCUACAAUCGGCGAGUCCAAAUAAAAUGAAUGAAUACAUUUUGCAUUUUGUGGUUGUGGCUCGUGCGUUGCGAUCGUAAAUGCCAGCACCUUGUAUAAUUAUGCGAGCAACCGUCGAUUACAAUUCAUUUCUGCUUAUGCCACCAGAUUUCAUGUCAGAUUCCGAUGUUGUUUUCUUUUAAGGUCUCACCUCAGCACUCGCCUGUAAUGUAACUGUCUAAGAUUCGAUCUUGAGCAUUCACACACUAAUGCUCGAUUCUUAUCCCGCGCACUGUAAUUAUCAGUUCUUCUCACUUAUAUUUGUAACGCCCGAAUCUCAACUCUUACAAUAGAGGCGUGCGCUCCCGUUGAGGGCCCCCCUCGACAUUUUUACAUGCAGACGAUUCUUUACACGACACUGUAGAAAACAUUCCACUCCGAGAGCUUAUUAGUAGUUAAUAUUCAUAGUUCGUUAUUUGAUUUAUUUAAUUUGUUAAACUCCUGUAUGUGUGGGUGAUGAAAUGUCGGUAUAUGAAUAUGUUUUGUUAUAAAAACGUUUAUAUUGUGGAACAAAUGUCGCAUAUACAUAUAACGACAUUUGUAUGAUUAUAAAGAAAAACAUAUAUAUAUAUAUAUAUAAGUAGAGACGUAGGUUUAGCGGGUGCAUUUGUGAAUGACAAUAAAACGUCUAAACAAA